AUGGAAUGUAUAUUUAAUAAAAAAAAUAAAAUACAAAUAUAUGAGAAUAACGAAAAGGUCUUUGAUUUAUGGAAAAAAUAUGCAAUUGAUGAAGUAUCGAAUUUGUGCAACGAAGAUAAUAAAAAAAAAAAAAAAAAAAAUAAUCAGGAUGUGAAAGUAAAAUAUAAACAGAAGAAAAAAUUUGAUAAAUAUAUAUAUAAGUGGAAAGAAAUAAAUUAUUUUUCUAAAGAAAAUGAAAAGGAAAAUAAUUCACAAAAAUCAAAUAAUUUGGAAAAAGAGGAUAAAAUAAAUGAGUGUGACAAAAAUAACCAAGAUGAUAAUUAUAGUGAUAUAAAGAAAAGAAAAAUAUUUUUGGUGAAAGAAGAAAAUUAUUUAAAUACUUAUGAAAAACAAUUAGAUAAUAUAAAUAAAAAAAGUCUUGAACAUUUUUAUUCAUCUCACAAAAAUGAAGAACAAAAAAAAUCAUCCAUAGUUAUAGUAAGCUAUGAAAAUUAUGUAAAUAGAAAUGUAAAUAUAGAAUAUAAUGAGGGUAGUGAUUUUUUAAAAUAUAUAUAUUCUUCUAUAUUUUUAAUAAAAGAAAAUAAAGUUCUUAUACCAAAAGGGAAUUAUUUAUAUGAAUUAAUUUAUCCACAAACAAUACAUGGAUUUCCACUUAUAAAUAAAUUAAAUUAUUAUUUUGUUAAACUAUAUAUAAAUAAUAAUUGGGUUUUAGUAUUUAUUGAUUUAGAAUUACCAUAUGAUAAAGAUAAUAAUAUUUUAUCCUGUCAAUCUAAAAAUGAUGAAAAAGAGAUAUGGAUAUAUAUAUUAACAAAAGCAUUAUAUAAAAUAUUUCGUCUUUUUAAUUUUUGUGAAUAUUAUCUUUAUAUAUUUGAAAUGCUAACAGGAUAUAAAUGGAUAAAUAAUAUUCCAACUACUCUCAAUUUAAAUGACAAUAUGAUUUAUAGUUAUAAUCAAAAUAUAAUUCAAAUGGUUUUAUUAAAUAGAGAUAAGGAAAAAGCAAAUAAAAAAAAUGCUUAUAAUUCUUCUUCAAUGUAUAAUACCUCCUUUUUCAAGGGUACAGAAAAUAAACAGUUUAAUGAAAAAGGGGAACAUUUAAUUGAUAAAGAUGUUAAUACCAUCAUAAUUAAGGAUGAUACAUGUAUUAUAGACAAAAAAGAAAAAUGUAAAGACAGAUAUCAAGGAUCAAACAAAAUAAAAAAACGUAAAAAUUUACACUUUUUUCAAAUAUACCCAUUUGAAAAGAACUUAUAUUUUAUCUUAACCUAUGAAAAUAUAAAACCUGAUAAAUAUAUAAAAUAUUCUGAUUAUAUAAAUAAGAAAACACAACAACAAAAUCAAAUUUUAAAAGGAUAUAAAUAUAUUAAUAAACAAGGAAAUAUUAUAAUUUCUAAUGUCAAAUUAAUACCAGUAAAUAAUUCUACACACAGUUUUUCAGCUAAGUUAUUGGAAAAUGAUCCUGACAAAAAUAAUCAGCAAAAAAUUAUAAUUAAUGAUGAAACAAGCGUAAUAAAAAAUAACGAUAAUAAUGAAAAAAAUAGUGAUAAUAAUGAAAAAAAUAACGAUAUUAAUGAAAAAAAUAACGAUAUUAGUGAAAAAAAUAACGAUACUAAUGAAAAAACCGAUUUUAUUAACAAUAUAAAAAAAAAAAAAAAUUUAAAUAAACAAAAAUACAAUAUUAUAAUAAAUCAAAAUACAGAACAAGUUCUCCAAUUAUUUAAAGAAAUAUUAUUCGAAACUGACCAAACAUGUUCUAAAAUUUAUAAGGACAUAAAUUCUAAAAAGCACAAAAAAAUCCAAAAAGAUGUUAGCAAUUGGAUUAGCGAAAUAGACAUUGAAAAGAUUCUUAAAUUUAUUAAUGUAAAUUACUCAAGUUAUUAUUUAAUAAAAUUGGAUAAUAAAUUUGUUAGGAUAAAUAAAAUUUACAACUAUAUAUACUAUAAUGAUUUUAGCUUUUAUUCGACUAAUAUGUAUGUGAAAAGUAUUCCACAAAUUAAUGUUAAUAGUAAAAUAAAAAAUAUAGAUAAAGAUGAAGAAAAGGGGAAAGAUAAUAAAAAAAAAAAAAUGAAAUAUAAUGAAAAUGAAACACAGAUAAAUAACAAUCCCUUUCUUCUCUUGAUAUGUUCUAUUUCGAUAUUUUGUAAAAAAAAUAAUUAUACAUUAAAAGGGUCAGAAGAAAAUGAUGACGAAAUUCAAACCACCAAAGAUUAUACAAAUUGUGAUAAAGAAAAGAAAACAGAAGAAAUGAAGUUAGAUCACAGCUUCAACCUUUCAUUUUUUACAUAUAAAGAAGAAAAAAAAAAAAAUAUAUCAUUAGAAAGAAAUAAGAAAAAGGAAGGAAAUAAUAUGAUGAUGUUGAAUUAUUUCAUGAGUUCUUUUAACAGUUUCAAUAAGUGUGAACAAAAUAUAAAAAUUUGUGAAAAAAAAUUAAUAUCUCAAGAAGAUAUUUUAAAUUCUGAAUGUUUUAUAAAACAAAUUGGGGAAUGUAAUUAUGAAAAAGAUAGUAACAAAAACAAUGUCCUGUUUGGUUCCUAUAUAAAUAAUUUCCUUUGUAAUCUAUUCAAUUCUAAUUUUUAUGACCCUAUUUUUUUUCAAAAAAAAAUAGAAAAAAAAUCUAUAUCUCUUAAAGAAAAUAAGGAACAUUUUUUUUUUGUAUAUAUUAAGAAUCCAAAUAAAAGUAACUUAACAAUUGAGUGGGUAACCGAACAAAUAACUAAAAUGAUAAAAAAUGAAAAAGAAAAUAACGAUGAAGAAAUUAUAUGUAAAAAUAAAUCCAUUAAUUGUUCUUUUUUCCUUUUAGAAGAAUUUCUUGAAAAAAAUAUGAAAAUGAAAAUAAAUUCAUUUAUUAAAAACAUAAAUUUAAAAAAAGAAAAUUCAAAUAAAAUAUUAUUAAAAUUUAUUGUAAGCAUAUCUAGAGAAAAAGAAAAAGGAAAUAUUCCAUUUUAUUAUUUAAUUCAAAAAAUAAACGAUAUAAAAAUAUUAUCCUAUUUAGACAUAUUUGUAUGCAAAAUAAGAAAAAAUAAUAAUUCUUAUGAAAUUGAAAAUAGACAAAAUCAAAGUGAAAAAAGAAAAAAGAAUUCAACAAAAAUAAAUGAACAAGAUAAUGGCAAUAAUAAAAAUGUUCGAAAAGAAAAUAUAAAUGAUGAUAAUAUAAAUAACAAUCCAAUCAUAAUUGGAAAAUUCUACAAAUUGUCUUUAAAAAACAUUUUUUUCAAAUUUAUCAUGUUUCCUGAUACAAUACAUGAUGAGGAAAAACAAAAUGAAAAAUCAGAAGAACAUAAUUAUUUAUUUUUGAUAGCUUUAAAAAAUGUAGAAAAAGUAGCCGACCAAAACAUUGCGCUUCAAAUAAUUGCUGCAUUACCAAAUAGAGAAAAUUAUGAAAAACCAAAACAUUCGGAAAAAUCAAAACAUUCGGAAAAAUCAAAACAUUCGGAAAAAUCAAAACAUUCGGAAAAAUCAAAACAUUCGGAAAUUUUAACUAUUAAUGAAAUCCCAUCUUUUUGUAACCGCUAUACAUUUAACUACUAUAAUGAUCAUAUAAAAAAUAAUUUCCAUGAAAUGAAGCAAGUGAAAGAAAAUGAAAGCAAAUAUAAUAAUUCUGAAAAUAAAAAUGAUAAAAUAUAUAAAAAUGAAUAUAAUAUAUCGGAAAAAAUGUAUGAACAAAAAGAGUAUAUAAAUUUAAUACCAUCCAAAAAUAAAGUUUCUACACCUAAUGAAAACAAAAUAUCUCAAUUAAAUGAUUUUAUUAAUAAAACGAAAAAAACAUUUAUAAUAAUAAAAAAAAUAAAAAUAAAUGAUAAAAGUUAUUUUUCCUAUGGAACCAUAUUUGUAGAAUUAAAAAAUGGUAGUAACUUCAAAAAUAUCAAGGUCAAAAUUUUUAAAUUUAAAAAAAACGAGUUGCCUAUAAAUCCGAUAUCUAAAGGAAACGAAACUGAAAAUACACAUAAAAAUAAUAAUGAUGAAAAGGUUUUAAAAAUUCAAAAUCAAGAUCAAGAUCAAGAUCAAAAUAAAAAUCAAAAUAAAAAUCAAUGCAAUUCCAGUCACACAAGUUUCGACUCAUUUAUAAAUAGUUACAAACGAAAUAAAAUAUUUAAGAGUGUAAAAAGAGGGAAAAAAAAACAAGUUUUUAUUAAACAUCUAGAAGUAGACUCAAAAGAACCAUGUUAUCUUUAUAUAAAGAUAAGAAAAAGUGAUAAAAUUGAAAAAAAAAAACAAAAUGAAAUGUCUAAUAUUUCAACUACAAAAAUAAAUCAUGAAAAAAAAAAAACAUUGAUAAAACCAUGUAAUAAUGAUUUUUUCGAAAUCAAUUUAAAUGUUCAUUUAAAUUUUUCUUCGGAUGUGAUACUAAAAAAUGAUACACCAGAUGAUGAAUUUGAAACGGAAAUAAAAAAAUAUCUUAAAUACAACAAAAUUAAUUUUGAAGAUUUAAAAAAAAAUGUAACUUUAGAUAUAAAAAAAGAAAUAAUACCCCCAAAUAUUUUUACUUUAAAAAAUGAACUACAAUUAUAUUUUCGUACAAAUUAUGAAGGAAUAUUUAAUAAUUUUUUGUGGAAAAAAAAAAUAAAUUUGAAAAAAAGUGAUGAUAAUAAAUUGUCAGUUUGUAAAAGUUCCCAUAUCAAUACUCAAUAUGAGAACAAUCUUUUAAUCAGCGAAAAUAUUCAAUUCGAAAAUAAGGAAAAUAUGUAUUUAUAUAAAGAUGAAUUUUUUGAUAUAUUGUCGCCAAUUUGUUCACAAAAACAAUUAUAUGAUUUGGAAAAAUUAUUCAGUUAUAUAUCUUCUAAAUAUUUUGAAGAUGAUGAAAACAAAAUGUAUAUGAAAAAGUUUAUAAAAAUGUUUGAAUCGAUACAAAAAAAAAAAAAUUACUUAAUUUUUGAUGAAAUUGAAAAAUUUGAAAAAAAUAUUUUAUUUUCUGAAAAUAUUUCAAAUAUGUCUAAUGAUGAAAUUGAGAAUAAUAAAAAUAGCCAAAAUGAAAAUUGUGAGGAUACAAAUUUUGAUGAAUUUUCUCAUUUAUUUACAUACCCAAAUGAAAUACGAAAAAUUAUAGACAGCAUUAAAUCUUUUCACAAUUUAAAAAAUAAAAUGGAUGUUUUGAAACUAAAAAUGGAUGCAGAACUACAAUUACCCGAAAAUAUAUUUCCAUUUUUUAAUAAAUUUUAUGGUAAAAUAAGCAAUAUAGAUGAUAUUAUAAAAUAUAAUUAUUCUCAUUUAGAAGAAUUGGAAUAUGUAAAAACAAAAAGUGAAGAAAAUAAAAUAUUAUCAUAUUUACUAGAUGAGGGUAUUUUUUUUACAUUUCUAAAAAAGAUAGAAAAUGAAAAUAAAAAUGAAACCCUAAAAAUCAUACCCCCAACUAUUCACAUACACGAUAUAAUAAAUAUAGUAAAAAAAAUAGAUAACUUUAGUGAAUUAAAUUAUAUUAAAGAUAUGAAAUUAAAUGUUUCUAAAAUUAUUAAAGAAAGAAAGAAUUUUAUUGAAAAUAUAAAAAAUCUUUUGAAACAUAAAAAAAUAAAAAAUCUAACUCCAGAAGAAUUAAACGAUUUAUAUAAAAAAGGUGUAAAAAUAAAUUUAGAUAUUUAUAAUUCUAAUAUUUUACAAAUGAUAAAAAAUCAGUAUACUAUUUUAAAUAUUUUAAUUAGUAUAAAAGAAAUAUUUAAAAAAAUUAAUUUAAAAAAAUAUAAGACAAAAGAUAAUGAGCAAAAUAUUGCAGAAAAUGUGAUAAAUGAUCAAAUGCAAUUUUUGCAACUAUUUCAAACAUGCUCAGAUUUUAUCAAAAAUAAUCAAAAUAUAAAAUUAAAUGAUUUUUAUAAUAAUAUUUUUAAGGACUCACAAAAAUUAUAUGACGAACUUACUAGUUCUAACCUUACUGUAUAA